CGCGUCCGUCGUUCAAGAGCCUCCGUAUAUAAAUCUCUGAAAACCCUCUUCUCUCUCCUCCUCCGCCCUCUCUCCGAGAUCCGCCUGCCUCCGCCGCUGAAACCCUAGAGCCGCCGCGAACGGAGGAGAGAGAGAGAGCGAAGACGAAGCCUACACUCUUCCGUGCCUCGCUUCCUCCGCGAACCUUCCCGACCGAUCCGAACCAAGAAGCUCAGGGUUGUGAUUGCUGUCUGGAGAUCGAGCAGUAAUGGCGGCGGCGACGACGGCGGCGCAACAACCAGUCUCUGCUCAAGUUGUCGGCAAUGCGUUUGUUCAACAAUACUACCACAUACAGCACCAGUCGCCGGGGCUCGUCCAUCGAUUUUAUCAGGACAUAAGCAAGCUUGGUCGUCCUGAAGGCGAUGGGAGUAUGAGCAUAACUACAACCAUGCAGGCCAUCAAUGAGAAGAUACUGUCACUUAACUAUGGUGACUACAGGGCUGAGAUAAAAUCUGUGGAUGCACAAGAAUCUUAUAAUGGGGGAGUCCACGUCCUUGUAACUGGGUUUUUAGCAGGAAUGGAUAACAAUACUCGACAUUUCACUCAAACAUUCUUCCUUGCGCCCCAAGAAAAAGGUUUCUUUGUUUUGAAUGACAUAUUUCGAUUUGUGGAGGAUAUUGAAAUCCCUAAUGGUAGCCAAAGUACAGCUAAUGACGUGGAGGCUCCUCUCACUCCUGACCAGGUUCUUACUCCUGUCCAGGAGAAUCAUGUUUCUGAGGAUACAAUGGUUCCCAUAGAGGUUAAUGGGGAAGAAGCAUUCGAUCCCCCUGAAAAUGGAGAAGUGUCUAUUGUGGAAGAGGAGAUGCCAGUGCCUGAGGUUGUUGAUGAAGUGCUAAAUGAUGCACAAAUAGUGGCUGAACCCAACUCCAAAACAGAAGUGCCAAAAAAGUCCUAUGCUUCUAUUGUAAUGGACACGAAGGAGAGUGCUGUGCCAAUUUCAUCUGUGUCACCUUCUCCUCGCAGAUUUGUACCAAAAAGCCCAGAGCAACAAGUGAACCUUGCUCAGGCAUCAGCCUCAGCUGUUGAGACACCAGUUUCUUUUUCAGAGGCCAUAGAGAAUGGGACUAAUCAAGAGGGUGAAGCUGAUGGUUAUUCAAUUUAUAUAAAGGGUCUGCCUAUGAGUGCUACUCCUGCCCUCCUUGAGGAUGAGUUCAAGCGGUUUGGACCUAUAAAGAAUGAUGGCAUUCAAGUUAGGAGUAACAAACAGCAGGGAUUUUGUUUUGGCUUUGUUGAAUUUGAGGUGGCAAGUGCUGUGCAAAGAGCAAUUGAGGCUUCACCAAUUGCAAUUGGUGGACGGCAGGCAUAUGUCGAGGAGAAGCGGUCUACUAAUUCUCGAGUGAACAACAGAGGCCGUUUCCCAACCGGAAGGGGAUCUGGGUUUAGGAACGAGGGGGCCAGAGGGCGUGGGAACUAUGGAAGCGGAAGAGGCUAUAACCGUGACUUCAACGGCAGGAGUGAUUUUGGUAAUAGGGGCAACAGUCGAGGAGUAUUCUCAAACCGUGGAGCUGAAGGGUAUCAGAGGGCCGAUAACAUGGGAAAUAAUGGUGGGCGUAUGAAUCGUGGUGGGGGAAUGGCUGUCAACGGCACAGCCAAAACUGUGCCUCAUGUUUCUGAUACCGCAUGAUGACCUAUAUAACUUUAGAGGGUGAAGACUACCCCCCCCACCAUGCGAGGGAUUGUAGGUUUCUUUCAAAUUAUUCAAACAGAAAAAUUAUGAACAAAAAAAAAAAAAAAUGAGCGUAGGGGGCUUUCUCUUGAAAGUCUCAAGUGAUCCGAAUCCAUUUGGUGGACAGCUCAUUUUCCUUGAGCUGGAAGGGCUGUCAGAAAUUUUCAAGCUAUUAUUCUAACUGAUUUUGCACCUAUUUUUUGAAGUAUAUUGUUGGGUGGGCUGUAGGUCUAUUAGUAGUAAGAGUAGUAGAUGAGUCGGGGGGGAGGGGGGGGGGGGGGGGGGGGGGGGGAGUUGGUUUGUAGUGUAAUAAGUCUUUGUUUGUGUAGUAUCUAGUCUCAAAGUUGUCUUAGGGAAGGACUGCUGAUAAUUUUGUGGGCCUUUUCGUAUUUGGGGAAUUAUUUUGGUGGUUUUGCUCGCUGGGGAAUGAAAUGUUGGUUGUAGCCA